AUGACGACAGACAACGCGCUCAAUUCUCAACGCGUGUUUAAAAAAUCGUCACCAAACAACAAGUUGACGCUGUAUUUGGCGUCACGCGACCUGGUCGUUGAGAAUGGCUACAUCGACAGGAUCCAGGGCGUUCUCCACGUCGAACCGGAAUACCUUGAGAACAAAAAGCUCUUUGGACAAGUAACCUUAACGUUUAGGUAUGGCAGAGAAGACGAAGAGGUGAUGGGGCUUAAGUUUUGCAACGAAGCAAUCAUGAGCCUGGCUCAGAUCUGGCCAGUGCACUGCAACCAUGAAAAGGAACCUAACUCACCUCUGCAGGAUGCUUUAAUAAAGAGGUUGGGUGCACACGCGUUCCCAUUCCACUUGGAGCUGACACCAUUGGCGCCGCCCAGCGUACAGCUCGUACCAGCGAAGCAGUACCACGGGGCGCCGAUCGGUACAUCGUACGACGUGCGAGCGUAUAUAGCCGAGCGGGCGGAUGAGAAAGUUUCCCGCCGAAACACGGUGCGUAUGGGCAUCAGAGUGCUCCAGGGCCCCGGGCAACCGAUUCCGCCGGCCGUGCUACCCCAAUCUCCGCACCACACCCUAAGUGCACUGGCCCAUCAUAAUGUGCUGAGACUUAAGAAUAAAGCAAAACUAGACUCAGAUGAAAAUAGUCGAGGAAGAAAGAAUGAAAAUGAAAAUGCUGAACAAGCUCCACCUCGGGCGACUGUUGAAAAGCCAUUUUUAUUAUCUGACGGCAGGGUUGAGCUCGAGGGUUGGUUGGACAAAGCUACGUAUUCUCACGGUGAAUCGAUUAAUGUUAGCAUCGUUAUAGGAAACCACUCAUCCAAAACCGUCAGACGUAUAAAGACCCUCGUCAUUCAACAUGUUGACGUCUGCAUGUUCUCAAAUGGAAAAUUCAAGAACGUUGUGGCGUUAGUGCGUGGUACCGGGACACCAGUUUUGCCUGGUCAAACUCUUACCGACACAUAUACUUUGACACCACACAGAGGUGUAACCAAAAAUUGGAUUGCGCUAGAAGACUCAUACUCCAAAUCAGGGGCAAGCUUAGCUUCAACUGUAUUGUGUAAUUCGAACUCACCGGAAGAUCGGAACGUGUUUGCAAUUUAUGUGUCCUACUACGUAAAAGUGAAAUUGACCCUCAGCGCUAUGGGCGGUGAGCUGUCACUUAAACUGCCUUUCACGUUGACACACUCGUGUAUAAACGAAGCGCCAACUGACAGCGUGACAGAAGAAGCAACUCAUAAAAUGAUUUUGGAAGGUAAUGAGAAUAGCGGAGAAGAAGACAGCAAAGUUGAGACUGAAAAGGAUAAGCAGAACAACAAUGAACAGGAUACCAAUCAAGAGUCGGCAUUCGGUAACGAAGCUGAGGUAAAACCACCGGAAGACUACAGAUGCGUUGCCGAUGUUUUAGUGAAUAUUGAGAAUAAAAUGAAUGACAGACCAAAAAAAUUUGAGACACAAACGGAAGUAUGCAACGUUAAACCCAAUCAGGAAGAAUUGGAUUUGAUCGUGAAGUAUCCUUGCUCAGAUACG